AUGCAUUUUCACGUCAACCUUGCAAUCAAGGAGGCCGCGGACCGCGAGCCUGCGCCGAAGCCGCGGCGCGCGGCCGCGGCUCGAGUCCCCGAGGUGCUGCCGGUGAAGGCCCAGGUUGCAGCGGCUGAGCCGCGGGGGCCGGUACCGCCGCCUUUUGCAGCGGUCGGGGCAGCCCUUCCAGAGGAGAUGGAGGAGGCGGAGGAGGAGGCAGCGGAGCCGGGCGAAGGGGAGGCCCUGAGCCCCGAGCAGUACGCGGAAUGGAUGAAGUACUACCGCGAGUGCAUCGAGUACUUCCAGCAAUGUGAAAGGAACUGCGCCCAGGAGGCGGGCGUGGAACCACCUCCCAGCCGCGGCGGUGGGGAGUCCUUGAGGCCUCCAGCCACUGAUCGCCUCCCAGAAAACCCGGCACCCGCAGUGAGCCGCGCCCCGGAGGUGCGCCCGCCACUGCCCGCCUUCGAGUCAGCAGCGCCCUCGCCAUUCUCGCUGAAUGGUGCCGCCUCUCUCAUGCCGCCCCCACUGCCUGAGGGUCUUGGGGCGACGCCCCAGCCGCUGUUGCAGGCAUUGCAGUCGCUUCAGAUGUUGCAGCAGCAGCAGCAGCUCCAGAUGUUGCAGCUGCAGCAGGUGCAGCAGCUGCUCACAGGAAGCCUGCUCAACGGCGGCCUUGGGGGUGGGCUCUGUGGCGGGCUUGUGGGCCUCAUGCCGCUGCAGGCGUCUCCCCCUGCCGCAUCGAACCUGUCCAACGAGAUGCUGGCAAAUCUCCUCAUGGCCUGGUACUACUCAGGGUACUACACGGGCGAGUAUGCGGCCAAGCAGGGCCACCGCUGA